AGGUUUCCGGACCAGACAUGCAGGAAGGGAGCUCCCAACUCUCAUCCUGGGACUCCUCCUUCUUGAAAACCGUUGCUGAAGGCACCGAAUGAAGAGAGGAAAGACAGGCCCCAACAGCACCAACUGAAGCGGAAAAUUCCUCCGAUUGCUGAAAGCCAGUAACGUUUUUGUGUUCCCUUUGAAAAUUUCUGACCUAUCUCUUCUGAACUUGCGCUGGAAAGGAAAGGGGUUUUGCCCCUGCCUGGGAAAGGUGAUAGUAGCACCAGGCAGCGAGCCUCAACAUCAGAUGGUGACCGGUCUGGUGACGUACGGCUACAGCCAUGAACUACCCCCUAACCUUGGACAUGGAUCUCAUAAACUACAACCUGGAGGACCUGUACAAGGAACUGGGCAACUUCAGUGACAGCACGGAGCCCCCCGUGGUGGAAAAUCACCUCUGCCCCACCGUGGAGGGGCCCCUCCUGACCUCCUUCAAGGCCUUGUUCAUGCCCGUGGCGUAUGGCCUCAUCUUCCUCCUGGGUAUGAUGGGCAACAUCCUGGUGCUGGUGAUCCUGGAGCGGCACCGGCAAACGCGCAGCUCCACGGAGACCUUCCUGUUCCACCUGGCGGCGGCCGACCUCCUGCUGGUCUUCAUCCUGCCCUUCGCUGUGGCCGAGGGCUCCGUGGGCUGGCUCCUGGGCACCUUCCUCUGCAAAGCUGUGAUUGCUCUGCACAAGAUCAACUUCUACUGCGGCAGCCUGCUGCUGGCCUGCAUCGCUGUGGACCGCUACCUGGCCAUCGUCCACGCCGUCCACGCCUACCGCCACCGCCGCCUCCUCUCCGUCCACAUCACCUGUGCAGCCAUCUGGCUGGCGGGCUUCCUCUUCGCCUUGCCAGAGGUUCUCUUUGCCAAGGUCAGCCAACCCCACCACAACGACUCUCUGCCGCGCUGCACCUUCUCACAAGAGAGCCAAGCCGAAACCAACGCCUGGUUCACCUCCCGCUUCCUCUACCACGUGGGAGGAUUCCUGAUGCCAAUGCUGGUGAUGGGCUGGUGCUAUGUGGGAGUGGUCCACAGGCUGUGCCAGGCCCAGCGGCGUCCUCAGCGCCAGAAAGCGGUCAGGGUGGCCAUCCUGGUGACGAGCGUCUUCUUUCUCUGCUGGUCACCCUACCACAUUGUCAUCUUCCUGGACACCCUGGCGAGGCUGAGGGCCAUGGGCAACACCUGUGAGCUGAAUGGCUAUUUCUCUGUGGCCAUCACCAUGAGUGAGUUCCUCGGUGUGGCCCACUGCUGCCUCAAUCCCAUGCUCUACACUUUCGCUGGUGUCAAGUUCCGCAGUGACCUGUCACGGCUGCUGACCAAACUGGGCUGUGCCGGCCCCGCCUCCCUGUGCCAGCAUUUCCCUAGUUGGCGCAAGAGCAGCCUCUCUGAGUCAGAGAAUGCCACCUCCCUCACCACCUUCUAGCUCCCAGCCCCUUUGUUUCUGCUUUCCUUGGCGAAUGCAGCGAUGCUGGGCCCCUUGUAAAAGGAGCUGGGGUCCUAAGAGCUCACCUUGGCCAGUGUCCUCACAUGCGGCAGCCAGAUGAACCAGCCCUCUCUCCCGGUCAUCCCUGCCAGCUCUUCUCCCGGCCUUGGGGCUAGGCUGGGGUCAGAGGCAAAGCAAAGACACCUGUGCCUGUCUGAAUCUCCUCAGGCUGAGGGGACCCUGUCUCAAUCAGCCAAAGCUCGAGAAACAGCUUCUACUGCUGCCCUUACCUCUAGGGAACGUCAGCUCCCGCCCAGAAGGCACACCGUCCUCUCCUGGGUCACUACACAAUGACCCACUUCUCCUAGAAACUGAGCGCCAGGGGAUGGAUGGAGGUUAAGGCUGACAACAGGCCAGCUGGCAACAUGGUGUGGCCUUAACACGUCUGUCUUUACCAAACAAGUUCUGCCAGGCCACCAGCCCUGCAGCACCUUGACCAAGCAGGAAGCUCAGACGGACCCAGUCCAGGUAGCUGCCCCUGGCUCUGGCCAAAAUGGCACUGGGCCAGCCCCCUGUCCCUGGGCUCUGCGGAGAUCUGCAGACAGGGCAGACCAGCCAGUGUCCUGGGGAAGAGCUCAGGCUGGGCCAGCGGAGAGGAGCCACAGAAAGAAGAUGGUCCUCCCCCAGCUCCAGGGAGGGAAAGUGUAAAGGGAAGCCGGCUGUCUUCUCUGCCCUGGGUGGAGAGCUUCCUGCGUAGGCCCUGGGGGUCUGGGCAUUGAUGGGGAAGGAGGUAGACUUGUUCCUCCCUGUCCAGCUCACUGCAAACUACACAGAUGGGGCGAGUCCUUGGGCAGCAGUGGGGACUCACAACAGCGGGGGAGCACUUAGCCAAGAGCCCUCUGAGGAGCAAGACAGACUGAAAGAGGCCUCUGGGGGUCAUCUCUUCCAGCCCCCUUGCCUGCAAGCCAAGCCCAGAGAGCCAUGUGGCACCCCCUUAGGCUGGGAGGUGUGAAAGGCAGGCCUGGGCAGGGAAGUCCCCAGUUCCUGGGCAGGAAGCUGGGCCCUGCCCCCGAGAGGAUACUACUCAGACGGAACCAGAGGAAGCCACUCCUCGCUUGCCACCCACCACCCGGAGGGCUCUCCCUCCCUCUGCCCGGGCCUCCAGUGGGGAACGCUGCACGUGCAGAGGGCACAUCUGGGUAGCCAAGUCCCACUCAAGUCAGUCAGCCAGGCCCCCUCGGACACCCCCAUGGGGGAAAUCAGAGCUGUGACCCAGGGAACUGUCUUCACCAUGGAACACUGGGGAAGCCCUAGGGCCCCCAUUUUUCCUCCCAGCACCCAAUAGUAAGCUGGGCUGUGGAAGCAAAAAGUAAGCCAGAGGUUGGAGUUUUAAUUUUCUCUUUUUAAUAAAAAGGCACCUAUAAAACAGGUCAAUACAGUACAGGCAGCACAGAGACCCCCGGAACAAGCCUAAAAAUUGUUUCAAAAUAAAAACCAAGAAGAUGUCUU